AUGGACGGCGACGAUGCUGCAACGGCGCUGAACAAAGGCCUCUCGAAGCUCCUUCAAGGAAAGAAGCUAUCCAUGAAAAGGAAGCGAAGUCGACAAGAAUAUGUCCAGGACGAGAAUGCCAUAACGCCAGAGGCUGCCUUGGACCUUGUCAAGAAGGGGAUUCGGUACGCGUUGAAUCCAGCCGACUCUUGUCGAAGGACGGUGGCUGCAACGUUAAAAGCGCUAUCACAAAGCGCACCGCCGCUUCCCGAGAUCUAUCGAAUAUGGGAAUGCUUGUUUGAUCGAUCAAAAGCAUUCCGCGUCGAGCUUGUGGGGCAACUGCAGCCAAUCUGCCGCAUCUUACACGCCAAGGACCUCUACAACCUAGACGUCCUCAAGCUUUUUCGCGCAUGGGAUACGAAAUUCGGCGGAGGGAUGCCUCAACUUCGAGCCGCUGUUAGUUCCAUACCGUCGAAAUGGACGUCCAUGCUCCAGGAGCAUGACCGCGACACCCACGUCCAGGCCGAGAAUAGUCAAAUGGAAACGUCCAUGUCUGACAUGCAGUUCGAGCACAUGCAACGACAGGUUGAUGCCCACGCCACGGCCAUUCUUGCACACGUGGACAGCAUGCAGGAGACUUGUGGGAUUUUGGUGCCAACUGUCGAAAAUUGCUUUGCCGCGCUACUUCCGCGCCGUUCCGUCUACGGCGAUGACGAUGACGACGGGUGGGAAGAUGUCGUCGUGGCACCUUCGGUUGCAACCAUGGACCUACCAGAAGUCAUUGCUUCGUGCGGCCUCGGAAGCGCCGCUUAUUCAAUCAGCGUUGCAAUUCCAGACACCAUUGACGCCAAUGAUCUCGAGCUGUUGAGGAGAACGCUGCAAGAACAGACCGAUGAGAUCCACAAGCGCUUUCUGCCUCAAGUUCAGGCGUGGGUGGCGAUCGCUAUGCAAACCAGGCCGGGAUCUGAGCAGGCGAUGAAGGUCAGAGAAUUGGAAAAACUGCUCCAAAGUGCGUUAGCGAAAGCCAGCGAGUUUCUCAAGAGUCCUUGACGAGAUCAAGUGGUGAAAAACGUGUCGUUGACUGUAGCAAUCUGUCGUUUAUAUGCAGGAGAUGUCUCUUGUUCGAUCAAAGGUCGGAAUACCAAGGACUUGCCGAUUGACCUGGUCGUGAGCGCAACAUUGGAGCAGCUGGAGCUGCAUUGCCGAAUAUCCAAGGUGCCAAUGGAAUCGCCAACGGAAUCCCUCACCGCAUGCGUAAAAGC